AUGAAUACAAUUAAUACAGGUUCUGCCAAUUUGGCAUUCAGCAACAACAAUGCUUUGAAUACAAACAAUAUAUCGUGGCUACUGUCAUCGCAGCAGUCCAACGCAGUCGAGAAAACCAAGGAGAAAGAAAAGGCCAAGAAGAAGUUGGCACAGUUUCUCGACCAAUCCGUCGAUAAUAUCAAGCGAUUCAAAGGUUUAAUGUCAUAUAUCAACAACUCUGACGACCAGGACAUCGACAAGAUCUUCAAGGACAACAGCUACCAGAUCUACCAGAUUCUGCUGUCGACAUUCUCCACCUACGAACUCGGAACCUACAAAGCUGGAAAACACCACUACGCAGAGAAGGAAGUUUACAAGGUCAACGAACUGUUGAAACGUGUGUUGAUCCAUCUCGAAGGAUUCGUCAAGAAGGGUUGGCAAGUGAAAUCGAUCGUCAACAUCCUAGAGAAGAUGCUUGGCGUUGAAAAUAUACAUACCAUUCGUUUGGCGUCGUUCUCCACGCUCUUAUUCUUCCUCGAGGUGAUGGAGAAGCCCGACCGCCACAAGCUAGAGUUGUUCUCCUCGAUUAUCGACUACCAGCCAUUCACACCAGACUAUACCUAUCGCAUCCAGUUUGCAAGACGCGUCUUCAGUGGACAUGAAUCAAAACGAUUCAUCGUGAUACAGGCAACCGAGCCACCCAGUCGCGACGACUCUUGUCGUCUCUUUGAACAGAUGUUUAUGCAUAUCAGCUCGCGUCUCAACAACUUUUCAUUCUGGUUCGAGCUGCUCAAAACACAUUAUCUCACUGUGUUGUACCCGUCGAUCUGCAAGAAACUCGGAGUGUUGCCGGCCAACGACAACACCGGAUUCGGCAGUCACUGUCCCCACGAACUACAGGUUAUCAUUAUCAACUAUAUCUGUACGUGGAUCACCAGCAAUCCGAGCAUUCGUGAAUUUCUUUUGAAUAAUCAACCAGCACCAACACCAGCACCAAACACAGCGCAACAACAACAACCAACAACCAAUGGAACCAUUACACUAUCGAUAAGCAAUGAACAACUGGCAUCGGCGUCAGCAUCAACAACAGCAGCAUCAGCAUCUACAUCACCAAACAACAACAACAACAACAAUACCAACACCACUAACGUCACAUCACAACUCACCACCUCUACACCAGGAGUAGGAAGAGUUGCCAUUCUACUCGAAAUUUUUAAACAAAGUUGUAAAUUACCUCUGAAAUAUGUAGAUAUUAUUAAAAAGUCAAUACUCACCUUCCAAAAUCUAUUCUUUUCACCAAACGCAUAUGAAAUGGAAAGUUUAUGUGGAGAAGAGUAUUUCUCAUUCCAAAAGUUUAUUUUGAAUGAAUUGAUGAAUGUUUUCGAAACUGAUGCCGUUGGCUACGAGAAGGAGCGUGAUACCAUUGGACUGAUGGUGAUCGGUGUCUUUAAGAAUUUGAUCGAUCAGUAUCCAAGUUUACGUGGACAGACUCGCGAGAUCCUGUUGAACGCAACACUCCAAGCGACUACCACUCUUUUGCGACGUUCCAAUCCCAACAAAUCGGUGAGUUCAACACUCGAGCAAGCGAUGCUCUCCACCACGCUCUUUGCAUGGAUCAAAUCGAAGGAGUUGAGCCCAGAGAUGUGGAGUCGAUUCAACCAACAUUUCGAAGAACUCUACUUUAGAGUCGAGGUGAUCAAGCAGAUCAAAGCGAAGCUACUUCAGAUCACAUGUAUACUGCGCGACACAAUCUACCCAUUGAGCGAGAAGAAAUUGAUUAAAAUCGAUAAAGACAAAAAGAAUGCGGAAAAAGGUGGUGCUCCUAAAUCACCGGAUACACUUGAUCCACUUCCUGAAAUACAUAUUGAGAAUGCUUUAGUUCAAAUUGGAUGGGAUAAAGAUAGUUUAUUAACGACUUGGUAUAACUUGUUGGCAAUGUUAAACAAUUUGAAUCAGAUUAAGGAUCCACUGAUACAUGAGUUGGCAACCGAUAUUCUAAUUGAUAUUAUUGAUAUAGUUCUGGCGGCAGAAGAGAUCGUUGAAUUCCAAACCACUCAAAAGUCAUCUUGGAAACCACUGUCUCUAUUCAAUUUGUUUGGUAAACGACUGUUUGAAACACACGAUCUCGAUGCCAAGUUUACAAAGAGCAAAGUGUUGGCAAUGUCUGGACUAUGUCGGUUAGUAUGUCGUCAUCACCUCCAGUAUCCGAAUGACAUUCUCGCUGCUUUCUACCACUACAUUGGACUGAAUCUUAAUGGACCGGUGACACCUGGCACUACCGAUCUCGGCUGCACAGCAAUCCUACACAGCAGUCCUAUAUUCUCGCUGGCCACACCCGGCUCCAACAUCCUGGUGACUUCAUAUCUCCAAAAGAUUCGCGCAAUCUUCACCGCGCUCCGACAGGAUCAAGUCAACAAUGCGCCACCAACCGACGUCAGGAAGAAGUCACUGAUUAUCAUUUCAUCACUGAUAUUCUAUCCCAAUCAUUUCCCAGUGUUGAUAUUGCCAGGAUUCAAAGAUGCCUCGAACAAACAGCUCUCAAAGGAUCUGACAAUGAAAGAGUUGAAGCGUGAACUCGUCGAUAUUCUCACCAUGGCAUUGAAGGUUGAGAAGCUGACAGAGAAUCGUUUGGUCUGUCUUUGGACAUUGUCAACGAUGAUCAUGGAGGAGUUUAGCAACUCUACCGAUUUCCAACAGGAGUUGGUCGAUGAGAUGUUAGAGACACUGCUGCAAUUCACAUUGCACCAAGAAGCAUCGAUCUCCAAGACUGCUCUCGAUGCAAUUGCAACCAUCAGUUUGAUUUUCAAUCGCUUAACCAAGAGUGUCAUCAACACCAUUAUCGUGUCACUGUGCAGGAGUAUCCACAAAGGUUAUCAGGAGAUUGACAUUGGAAGCACCACCAUCUCUGAAACCAUUGUUGCCAAUCAUUUCUACUGUCUUCUCGACUGGGUGUGCCUGGACAAUUCUAUUUUCGAUGAUCCCAGCUACAAUGAAUUCCGUAUGGUAUUGUUCUCGGCGAUCGAGCUUGGACUUGGACAACGCGGUGAGAUGUGGUCGACCACAUUCGAAGGUAGUCGUCUCGAAGACUCUAGAGACCAUCUCAAACAGAUCUCGAAAUCACUCACCAAGAAGCAGGUUGCCAGUAUCUCGAAAUCCGGAAGUGGUUCUAUCAAAGGAAAGGUUGAGAUUGACGACGAUACUCUUGAGACUUUUGGUGUCGUUGCCAAACCCAACCCAAUUCGUGAAUCCGCUGAAACACUGCUCUCGCACUGUCUCAACUUUGUCCACAACUUCCCAUCGAAACACGGUCCUGAGAUUAUCACCUCGAUGAUCGACGAGUACGACGACAAUCCCGCUGGAUUGGCCGACGAGGAAAUGCCAUUGUUCAGUGUCUUCAACGAGAAUGCACUGAUCUCUGUCGUGGAAGUUCCCAAACCAGGUGCUCCCGACCAAGGAACUGUUGCGCGUCUAUUCAUUCGUGAUGCCACCGGUAAAUAUGUUUGGAGCAUCGAUCAUCAAUACGAUCCACUGGCUUCCCUCAGCAGCACUGAUGACUCUCUUCCAAAGUCACUACUCUCACACUACAUCGACCAAAAAUCUACACCGAUUUUCGUUGAUAAUCUCAGUUACCAAUAUGAAAAUCAAAUGCAACCGAAACCAGUGGAACCGGCCGUUGUCGAUGAUAAACUCAAAAAUCUACUUUGUACAUUGUCCUCUAGCUAUCCAGAGUUGUUGCCAUCCAACGGUGGAACACUUGACCAACCACUUUCCAACUUGAAACCAACGCUCGUCCAAGAGUUCCAGAGAAUCCAAGAGGAGGUGGCAACCUUUGUCCAGCAGGAGAAGAGCUACCACAGCGAGAACUACAGCAAGCCUGUCGCCUUGUCGUGGGACGGCGCUCCACCAUCGAAAAUACCUAGUGUCAUCUCCCAGUCGCGUCGUCUGCUGAUGUCGUAUCUCGGAUUCCUCAAUAUUUCGAAUGCCCCAUACUUUAAGCAAUUAGAAUCCUCUCAGAAACUUGGUCGUGCACUCCAGCAGCUGGAUAUCACACCGUCGCGUGAGAUCCUCAAGAUCGGAUUGAUCUAUGCCGCCGAGGGACAAGACGACCAGCGUGACGUCCUCCACAACAACACAAACUCAUCGAUUUUCAGUGAGUUUGUCGACGGUCUAGGUUGGCCAGUCGAUCUCCAAACUCACCAAGGUUACCUCGGUGGUCUCGAUCGUAAGAAGACAACCGGUGUCACAGCACCCUACUUUGCCAACACCACUGUCGAGACUAUUUUCCACAACAUCUCUGGAAUGCCAACGAACAAAGCCGAUCUCCAGCAGAUCCACAAGAAGCGUCACGUCGGUAACGACAUUGUAAACAUCAUCUGGUCGGAACACAUCCGCGACUACUCGCCAACCACUAUCACCUCGCAGUUCAACGAUGCGCACAUCGUAAUCUACCCAUUGCCCAAUGGACUUUUCCGUGUACAGAUCUACCGUAAGGAAAGCAAAGUUCCAUUGUUUGGUCCGCUCAUCCAUGGCAUGACCGUCAACAAGAAACUCUUGUCGACGUUGGUUCGCCAGACAGCAAUCAACGCCUACCGUUACAUCAGAAAUUCGACACCCAACUACACAAGACCAUACGCGCUCAGAAAGCUCAGAAUCAAAGAGAUCGUCGAUCGUUACAACUCCGAUAGAAAUUAUGUAGAUUUCGUGCACUCUGUUGUUUCAGGUUACACUCCAUUAGCACCACCAACCUCAUCAACCCAAUCAGUAUCCACUUCCAACGAAAACAACCCAAAUAAUUUUGCUCAGAAAUUGACAAACCCCGUAAUCGAAAGAGAAUCUAAUCAAAUCAGAUCAAAUCAAGCAAAGGAGAGAACAAGCCCUAAUAAAAUCUACAAAAGCACCGCACCAGCAAAGAAACCCUGUUUCUCUUACCUCUUUGAUAUUUAA